GGAUAUAAAGGCGAAUACGCAUAGUUAUUAUAGGGGAAUAUCUAGAAUGUCGCAUGAUUUGUCAGCAGAAGACGUAUUAGACGAUGAAAUUGAGUUUGAAAGCGCAUAUGCUAGAAUGUUAUUUUCUAAGGACAGAAAGCCGAUAGAAGGGGGUCAUAUAGAAGAUAAUCAAUGUGAUAUUAAGAAGAUGAGGAGAAGAGGGUCUAUUGAGGGGAAAAAAGAGAGUUUAAAUGAGAUUUCAGGGGAAAAUAUAGAAGAAUCUAAUUCUAUGCCGAAAAUAACCGAAAAUAUGGAUAAUUCGGAUAGAAAUUAUAUAUAUGACAGAAAAAAUCAUUUUAUAGCAAAAAAUGUAGAACGUCCCAAGAAUCUUAAAAAUGAGGGGGAAUUGCAGCCAAAUUCUCAACAGUUAAUUGAUAUUUCUGGAUUUUCGAAUUCUUUGGCACUUGUAACAACACAAACUAAAACGAAUCAACAGACUCAAGAAUCACAUACAUUUCAAACACCGUCUUUAAAACAAAGUUGGAGAAUCAAUGCAUCAUCUUCAGCUCGUUGGAAACGUAUCGGACGAAUUGGUUUGGGUCCACCAAAACGUGCAGAGCGUCUCUCAAGUGAAAGCGUAGAUGAGCUUGAAAAUGGUACAGAAGUGGGACAGGAGGACUCUAAACUACCUUUUUUAGACACAGAAAAGCAAGACAUACAAACUUUUAAUGAUGAUAAGGAAAAUAUACCACAUGAACAUAUUAUAAAUAAAGAAAAUAUACCAAAAGAACAUAUUAAAAAUGAAGAAAAUCAGUUUAACAUUUUUCCUGUACUCUCGAAUUCAAUAUCACCAAUAGAAAAUCAAAAAACAUCACCAAAAAAGUUCAAAAAAAUACAAUCAUUAUUAACGAAUCCGGUAAACUGUCUCCAGAAUACUGACCUAAUUGUUCAAAAUAAGAAUGAAUCUAUUUUACCGAUUUAUAUUUCAAAAUCAUCACUUUUUGAAAAUUUGCAAAAAAAUAUAGAAACGAAUUCCCCUAAGGACCCUUCUAUUAAGAAUUAUGAUGCAUGUCGUUUGCCGUCAAUAUUAAAACCUGAAAAGAAAAAUUUAGUAGAUGUAAAUGAUAAUGUUUUACCUCAAACAAAUUCUCCUAACUCAAAAACUAAUUUAUCAUCAUCACAUAAUGGUUCUUCGAAAUCUAAAUCUAUUACUUAUGUAAAUUCAAAACCUUACAAUCGACUAGAUCUUAUAGGAAGGGGUGGAACUAGUAAAGUGUUUAGAGUAAUGGACCAAAAUCAUAAAAUGUUUGCUCUUAAAAAAGUUCAUUUUGAUAAAGCAGAUAAAAGUGCUAUUGUUAAUUUUAAAGACGAAAUUGAACUUCUAAAAAAACUUUCAGGACAUGAAAGAAUUAUUAAAUUAUAUGAUUCCGAAAUUAAUGAUACAAAAGGUUAUUUAAUGAUGAUAUUGGAAAUCGGAGAAAUCGAUUUAUCACAUUUACUUGCAAAACAGCAUCAGAGACCAUUAGAUAUAAACUUUGUCCGGUUAUAUUGGGAUCAAAUGCUUCAAGCUGUUCAAGCUGUUCAUGAUCAAAAAAUCGUUCAUUCUGACUUGAAACCUGCCAAUUUCUUGCUUGUUGAAGGUUCUCUUAAACUAAUAGAUUUUGGUAUUGCCAAAGCAAUUGGAAAUGAUACUACAAACAUUCAUCGUGAUUCACAAAUUGGAACUAUUAAUUAUAUGUCUCCAGAAGCAUUAUCUGAAGCACAUUCUAAUACUCCAGGUGAACAAAAAGUUAUGAAACUAGGUAGAGCAAGUGAUAUUUGGAGUCUAGGAUGCAUAUUAUAUCAAAUGGUAUAUGGUAAAACACCUUUUGCUCAUCUAACAAUGUUCCAAAAAAUCAAAGCAAUACCCGAUCCUAGGCAUCCUAUCAAUUUUCCAACUAUGGCUUUUCCUAUUACACAUACUGGACAAACUCAACCUGAUGGCGUUAAAGUUAAUAAAAAUUUAAUAAAAGUUAUGAAAGGUUGUCUCGAAAGAGAUCAAACAAAAAGAAAAACAAUACCAGAAUUAUUGCAAGAUCAAUUUUUACGACCUGAAAAACAUUUCCAAAAUUCAAAACCAACCGUCAGGCUAACAUUAGAACAAAUGAUGCAAUUAGUCGAACAAAUCGUAGAUGCUGUAAAGUCUCAAAAACAUACUUUGGAACAAUUAAAAGCUGCUACUAAUGACUCAUUUACGAGAUUAUUAGAAAUGCAACAAGAUUAACAAAAAAUUCUAUUAACCAUAUUUAAAAAUAUUUAACUUUUAAC